AGCAAACGCACGUGUGGGCGAAGCCGAAUGUUUGCUCGAGUUGCAGCGACGACGAUUGCAUAAGAGCGUGCGAUGGAGACUACGAGAGUAGUCUCUAUCUCGCUCUCUUUCUCCAAGCUCCCUCGAGCUCUUCGGCUCGUUAUUUAUUAAGCCCUUUUCACACACCGUACGCUUGCCUAUCUUUAGCGUCGCUUCUUCGUCGAUCGAACCAACUACUACCGGACGCAUUCGCGCGUCGCGCGAUGCGAGUUUAACGAUGGAAAUGGAGUUUUAACGAAAUCCAUUCGUCGAUCGAAGAGUCGACAAUUUGGUAUCGCACUUUACUACGAAUCGAUCUUAUCGUUCAGUUUCGUCGGGAGGCGAAAGAUCGAACGAUCGAACAAUACGGCGGACGAGAAAAGAGGGUUUUUUCAUCGGCGGCUUAAAAAAGGUCGAAAGGUCGUUGACUCGGAGGAUUUCGAGAUACUUUCUCGAUUGCUAAAUUUAUCUAACGGUAUUGCGAAAGAAUCGAUCGGACCGAUGGAAAACUUCCGUCAUUGUUAUCAAAGUAUAGCGAGAUCCGACGCUUCUUUACUCGUGUCGUAAAUCGGAAUAAAACGGGUUCGUCCGAUACCGCAAACGCGAGAAAAAUCUUUUUCUCGAUAAAUAACGAAUGCUUUAUUGAAGCGACUCUCUCACCGAGAGAGAUAGAGAGGGAGGGGUGGGGUGGGGUGGGGGGAAGCUCGUCGUCGUCGUCGUCGUCGUAAACCGAUAAACAAAAGUUAUCGCUUUGUUCGAUCCUUCGGUAGAAUAAAGGCACGUUCUUGCGAGAGUGAAAAUCUUUCGAGCGUAUCUCCGAUCGCGUAGCCGCGAUUCCAGCGGCAAGUUCGAUGUUAGAACUCGAGACUCGCGAUCGGCGCGUCGAUCGUCGCGCCGUUCGUAGAUAAGGUAGAACGUAAAUACUUUUAUUAGAAUACGACGAGCCGCCGUCCCUGCUCGAAAAAUAUUUGGCGCGCGAAUUAUCGUCGCACCGCGUGUACGUUGGGAAAGAUCAAGUAAGAUCAUCGAGCCGGGACUCGUGCCGAAAACUCGCGAGAGAGAAAGAGAGAGAAUUUCUAACGAGCGAGUUUCGAAGAAAGUCCGCGAGACCUUCGCGCGUGCGUCCGCAAUUGCCUAAUUUUUGCGCAAACACGCUCUCUCGCGCGCUCGCGCGCGCGCAUGUGCGUGCGUAAACGCGUCGCCUAUCGUAAACGGCAUAAAUUCGAGGGGAGAUUAAAACAGGUAAAACGGUCGAACGAGGAGCAGCCACUUGGGAAUAAUUUCGAACAACGAACGUGCCAAUUUCAGGGGUAGAAGUUGAAAUAACAACUCGAUUGUCGGUGUUUAAAAAAUGGUGUAAAAAGGAGUGACGAUCCAGGUUUGACGAUCCAAACGAGGUGGUUCGAGCGCGGAGAAUAGGAAGAGGGAUGCAGGCCGGAUUGAUCUACAGGAAGCCGUCGACGAUGAUGACGUCGAGCCAGGGCACCGGUGCCUUCGACCGAUCCGCAGCAGGGAAGGAGGACCCCGCUAACGAUAAGAGGAAAAGCGCGGAACGAGACUCGAGAGAGACGAUACACUCCGGUCAUUUCAUGGUUUCCGAUUUCGAGGCGGAGGCGCAGGACGACGAGGACGAGCUCGCCGUUCCCGUUCCGGACGAGGAAAAUGGGAAAUUGGCGAUCAUGACGCAGGUCGGCUUUUCCCUGAAAAAGUUCGUCGGCGGCGGUACCUUCGACGACAAACCGAACUCUCAACAGCUUAGCAUCGAGACGUCCUUGAACAAGCUCUUUCAAUGCAUGUCCUUGGCCUACAGACAGAAGCUGACGUCGCCCAAAUGGAAUCGCUUCAAAGGGAUCAGACUGAGGUGGAAGGAUAAGAUCAGGUUGAACAACGUCAUCUGGAGAUGCUGGCACAUGCAGUUUAUACUGAAACAAAACACGUUGGUGUGCCAGUUUGCGUCGCCCCUCGACGUCGACACUCAUAAUAAGCCGGAGGCGGUCGUCUUGGAAGGCAAAUACUGGAAACGAAAACUUGCUGCGGUUACCGCGGAAUACAAGAAAUGGCGCAUGUUCUACAGAAACAAAAUUCUUGGUUGGACGAACAAGGAUGGUACCGAGGUGAUGGAAUCGAUGGACACCCUAGAUUGGAGCAAUGGCAUGGAAACGUCGGAAAAUUUUGGCACGAGUACGGCGAACGCGUAUGGGGGCACAGGUGGUACUCACAGCGGAGAGAGUAUGAUGGUUGACGAAGACUAUAUGGAGCUUAUGACGGAUACUCUGUUCUCCACGAUUAGUUCGAAUCAACCUAUAUACUUUCCGGAUCCCAGAGAAAUCGCGCGCGGAGCGAGCCUGGCAGAUUUCAUUCAACCAAGCUUGGGACCGCUCCAACCUAAUCUAGACGAUUUUAUGGACACCCUCGAGCCUUUGCAAGAAUUCUUAAACUCCAAGUUACCGCCCGUACCGGAAGAGGAGGACAUGUUUCGGGGCGGUAGCUUGAACGCCAGUUAUCCCGAUAUCGAUCUGAUGACGCCGAUCAAUCAGAUGAACGAACUAAACGAGGAGGCAACGUCGAAGGACGAACGAUCGUCGACGGUCUUGCCCGAGGAACCGGGAAACGGCAUGCAGAAUCUUCAUUAUACCGGAAAGAUAUAUAACCAGUCCGAAGCGGAGUCUAGCAGCGUUUACAGGAAUGACAUGGAUGCCGUGGAAGAGAAUUUUGAGAGGUCGACGGCGACGAGGACGACGAGGACGGCGACGACGACGACGACGACGUCGACGACGACUACGACGACUGCGACGACGACUACGACCACGACGACGACUACGACGAGUAAUGGUCAGUCCACGCGAGAAAAGAUCCGACAAGAGAAUCGUCGAUCCGGUAGAAUGAGUCGCGUGAUACAACAGACGCACCAACAGCAACACGGUCAAGCGUACCGGCAGGCCGUUCAGGCAGUGCAGGCCGUGCAAAGCGUGCAAACGGUUCAACGAAAUUCGGUCUACGAGCAGCCGAGCCAGCAACAAUCGUACGCCAUGGAAGUACAAGCGGCGGUGCAAUUGGCUCCCGUCGACAAUCAAAUACAAGUCGCGACGUUGAACGAUCAGUCCGUUGUUAACGCGACACGGAUCUCCUCGAUGGCCGAGGUUCAAAAUUUGGUAACGGCCCAGCAAAACUUUGCGCAAAGUAAUAACGCGGCGUUGCCCGGCGCUCAACAGCGGUCCAUGAGAUCGUUACCACCGACCCCUCCGAUGUCUUCGAAGCCUUAUAAGAUCGUCCAACCGCAACCGAACGCUUGUUACAAGCUGUCAAACAUCGGCCAAAACUUCAAUACUCAGCAACAAUGUAAAUUCGCCGGCAAUAAUUUCAAGACGCAUCCCGCGCAACAAGUCGUGUCGGUUCCGACGCAACAACCAACGCAAUCGCCUAUACUGUUACAGUGCAGAUCUUCCGGAUUGGAUCUUACUUUGCAACCGACGAAAUUAGUAGCACAAUCAAUCCCAACUACGUCGGAGAAGGAAGUUUUUGCGGUGCCUAAGUACCAAAUGAAGGCACGAAACAGAUCGAGAAGCAGUUCUUCCUUGAUACCGCCGAGGAUGAACCAAUUGCCCUUGGCCUCGGCAGUAAGCGACCCCGCUCUAAAUUUAAACAACAAUGUCCUGCUCGCGCACCUCCUUACGAACAAUACGUCCGGUAUAUGUACGAUGAACGCUCCGAUGAACGCUCCGAUGAACGCUCCGAUGAACGCUCCGACCGACAAAAUAAUACCAACGACGAAUCAAUCUAAUACGGUGAAACAUAUAUUACCCAUCUUACCGCCGACGGCUUCGGCCACCCAAGUAACGACUGCCCAUCACAUUGCGACGCCAGUCACGGUCCAAGCUAUACAGACUUCCUCCAUACAGGCGUCGCAGCAUCAACAACAGGGGAUACAAUCGAGUUGCGGUCAACAGAUUCUCUUGAACGCGAACAAUCAAACUCAUCCACCCCAGAAUAGUCCUGGCUCGCCCAAGGAUCAUUCCAACGCGCCUAGUCCUCAAGCCUUGAGUCUGAGUCCUCUUCACAGUCCGAUGAGUAUCGGUAGUCCUCUGUCGCCAACGCGAAAUUACGUUAAAGGAGAAUCGGAACGUGGACAGUACAAGGAACAGAGAAGGGUUGGCCAUAUCCAUGCGGAACAAAAGCGCAGAUACAAUAUUAAGAAUGGCUUCGACAUGCUUCACAGUUUAAUACCGCAGCUCAAUCAGAAUCCCAACGCAAAACUGAGUAAAGCUGCCAUGCUGCAAAAAGGAGCGGAUUAUAUCAAACAAUUGAGGGCGGAGAGGAAUCAGCUUAAAGAGGAGAUGGACAGUUUGAGACAUCAGAUCGAGUGCCUUAAUACUUCUAUUAGCAAUUGUCAAUCUAUGCUUCCUGCGACGGGUGCCCCAGUCUCGAGACACAGAACUAAUAAGAUGAAGGAGAUGUUCGACGAAUACGUGCGUACUCGUACUCGAGAGAAUUGGAAAUUUUGGAUCUUUAGCAUUUUGCUUGAACCUUUAAUGCUCUCCUUCAAUACUUCGGUAUCAACGGCGAGCAUCGAGGACCUCUACAGAAGUACAAUAUUAUGGGUCGAGCAGCAUUGCUCGCUCGUCGAUCUCAGGCCAGCCGUUCUCAACUCCCUGAAGUAUCUGUGCACCGCCACUGAUAUUUUGGCGGAUCCUGGUCGCCUACCCGAGGAAGCACUCGCGGCAGUUAAUCGAACGGAACGACGGCGAUCCAUACAGUGACGAUCGAGUUUAAACUGCAGAUCUCUUGGAAAAGCAAGCGCGCGAAAUAGCUUGAGACGCGUAGCCACGUAAAAAUCGAAAGUUGCCUUACCCAGUAAGGCUUAGCGCCCUUGAUUCGUGAAGAACGAUCAAAAGGAUGCUCGUAUAUUUUUGGAAAAAAAAAAAAGCUUUUCAAGCGCAAUCCCUACAUUCAGGAUUUUUCAUAAAAUCCAUAUCGCAAAAAGAUGUAUCAUUCGAUAUUAUCGAUCGAUCGUGAAAAAGAACGUACUCGUACGAACGAGUAAAACCAUUCGCACAUUUCCCAAUUUUUCUCAUUACGCGGGAUUUGAUCUUAAAGGAUUUUAGCAAAACGUGCCAAGUACGUGAAAACGGAUUCGCUCGAUAGAUGUCAAAUUACAAAAUGUGCAAGGUUCCUUCCCGCGCAACUCCGCUUAUUGACGCCAUAUAAUUUUUUUUGCACCAAAUUAUCAUACCAUGCAGAUAUUUUAGACGCGAACAACGACACUGGCAUCCACCAGUAAUCAUUUAAACUCGAUCAAUUCUGUGAUAUCGUUGAUAACGUACUAAUCUAAUUACACUGUAAAUUCUUAAUAACGUCUCUUAAAUGUAACGUACAUUUGUAUGAUCACGCGCAAUGGUCGAUCGAAUGCCACUACCACCACCGCCAGUUUUCAUUCGAUACGAUCGAUUUAAACAUCGGAGCGUUCAAUAAAAAUAAGUUCGUUUUUGAGCCAAGCAAAUUAUGAUACUCUUCGAAGGGGCUACGUUGAUUCUAUCAAAGUUGUUUUGUAAUAAUAAUAAUAAAGAAAAGUUUUUAUAUAAUUAUCAACAAACGUACCAUAAAAGUCGCGAGAGAUGUUAGACGAUAUACGGAUCUUGUGUUACGGUCUGUAUACAUUUUUUUUUCUUCUCUCUUAAUCGUUCAGUCAUAAACGCAUACGAUUCCAAAUGCAAUCUCGCUCAUAACCUUCGUCUUGCCUUGAGACAUGGUCGUACGUGGAUGAUAUACCCCGAAACGAUACAAUUUUUGGUACAACCCCGGUACAUACAAUUCUUGAAAAGAUGAUACGGCCUGUUAUAUCGUCAUAUGGUUACUUGUUUUGUUACAAAGUUAUCUAGAUGUUACGGCAAAAUAGAAACGUUCGAAUUUAUUUGCAACGAAUCUUGCAAACAAAAAAAUUAUAAUAACCCAGAGAAAUGAAGUUAAAUACGAGUGUCACGCAAUACGUACUUCGAUAUUUAUCAUUUUAAAGGCAUUUCGAGUGCACCCUGUUGCAUCGUUGAGAAUUCAUUUAAGCGUGUAGCCGAUUUUUUAUUAUGUCGUACUAACUUAAAAAGAAAGAAAAACGAACGAAAAAGGAGAAAACAAAAUUCGUUUCGACGUACUUUUGUAUUAAUCAAAGUGACGAGGAAACAUUCGCAGCCUUCGAUGUUCGAUACAAAGGAACGAUUUAAUUAUAGACGUAGCUAUGCCAAAUAAUUAUUUACUUACAUAUAUCAUAUUAUCUAAGGCCUUCAAACAGAAUGCGUAAGUUUCAUAUAUCGUUAUUCUAACACGUUUUUAAUCGUUUCCAUAAAUAGGUGCCAUAUAUUAAUGUUAUUACAAGAGACUGGUGGUAUUAAAGUAACACGUAACAUUCAGUCGACAGGCUUUAAACGCGAAGCUUUCGCCAUAUUAGGAGAAGAGUUAGAAAUCGAGUUAUGCCUCUGACCGUGUGCCUCCAUAAAUUUUAUCAAACAUCGAUAUUAUCGAUGUCCGUGUUAUAUUAGAUCUUCACUUUGCGACCCAUCUACUGCUCGUAAAAGGAGAAAAACAAAAAAUCAUAUACAUACCUAUAUGUAUAUACAUAUAUUUUAUAGAGCCUACAAAUAUAACGUUUAAUGUGUAACCUUACGUCUCAGAAAUGUACAAAUCACUUAUAAAUUUCAAUUAUUAGAGUAUAGCUGCCUGGUUAUUCUGCAUAUUAGAGUUUCCUCAUUUUUACGAUUACACGAAAUUUUCAAAAUUGUGUGUAUCCGUGUAUGUACGUAUAAUACCAUGUACGCGCAGAGAAGCGUGCGAGCGGGGAGGUAAACCAUUUGUGGGACGAUCCUUAUUCGUGCGUAUGUACAUAUGUAUAUACAUAAGGGAAAGAUGUACCGAUCAUACAAAAAUAAUAAACUUUCUUCCAAUAUA